GCUGGGGGAGAAUGUUUAUAAUUGCUGUUCUAGUAGUGGUGUGCAUUCUUCAACUUUCACUAUUCCAUGGUGAUAAAUGAUAUUCAAUUUUGUGUUGUCAUGGUAGUGUUGAUGUGUUUGUGUUGCGUACUGUCAUAUGAAGAGAUCUAUGUGUUGAAGGUAGUAAUGCUCGUUGGUUGAAGGACAUUGGACUGUGAGUUUUGUAUGAGCAGGUGUGAAAAGUGUAGAAAAUAGAAUGGCUGCAACUAAAGAGGCAGUUAUUGCAACACCAACAGACUGUAAAAUCACCCCCUUCUACAAAGGUGCCAACAUCUUAAUAACAGGCGGUACAGGAUUCGUUGGCUUAGCCUUAGUAGAGAAGCUUCUACGCACUCUUGAUGUGGGUGCCAUUUAUUUGCUGGUGCGUAGCAAAAAAGGAGUAAACAUUGAAGACAGAGUGAAAGAACUUAGUUUAAACCAGUUGUUUUCAGAUUUGAGUGAUGAAUUUAUCAAGAAAGUGCGGCCAAUUCAUGGAGAUGUUUCAAAGGUGGAUCUUGAAAUAAGUACGGAAGAUAAGCUCUUUCUUGAAAAAAAUGUAAACAUUGUGUUCCACUUAGCAGCAUCUCUUGAUUUUGGUGAAAGUUUGAAAAACAACAUGAACACCAACUUACUUGGUACUCGCAGAGUUCUACAGCUGUGCAAAGGCAUGUCCAAUCUGAAGGCAGUUGUUCAUGUAUCGAGUGCAUAUGUGAACAGCAACUUGAGGGAAGCGUCAGAAAUGGUCUAUCCUGCACCUGACGACGUCGGAAACAUAGUUGAAGCUAUAGAAGGACGGACAAAUGAGGAGCUGGAAAGAGAUGAAAAAUUGAUCUUGAAGGACUAUCCUAAUGGUUACACCUUGACAAAAUUUUUUGCUGAACAUGAAGUCGCAAAUUGUGAGGAGUUGAAAAGCAAGUCUGCCAUUGUACGGCCAAGCAUGAUUACAUCCGCAUGGAAAGAACCAGCGCCAGGGUGGACCAUAUCAAAGAAUGGGCCCACUGGGUUUUUCAUGGGUGCAGCUAAAGGUGUAGUCCGUCGUUUGCCUGUCAAUAAGCAUGCAGUUUACGAUUAUGUUCCUGUUGAUGUGGUCGUAAACACCAUGUUGGUGUCUGCCUGCUAUGUCAGUUCUAAGAGCGCAAGUGAAGUGCCGGUUUUUCACUGCACAUCAAGCAAAAGCAACCCAUUUCGUUGGAUCGAUAUUGAUGAUCAGAUAAACGUGUUUCUUCAUCGUUACCCACUGAACGGAGCCGUGUGGUAUCCCUAUUUGAAGCUGUUGUCAAAUAUGACACACUUCAAAAUAUCUGCUUUUUUUGUGCAUUUCAUACCUGCAUAUAUUUUGGAUUUCAUCAUCAAACUUUCUGGUGGAAGGCCAAGGUUGGUGCGUCUGCACACAAGCAUUGGGAAGUCAUUGACGCUCUUGAAGCCAUUCAUUUUCCUUGAAUGGACAUUUCAUAAUGAUAAUACUCAAAUGUUGCACAAAUGUUUGAGUGAAGACGAGCGGGAAACAUUUGGUGUGGAUUUUUCUACACUGAAGUGGCGUGAAUACUUUGACGAUGUUACUCAGGGUGUGCGUCGCUACCUUCACAAAGAAGAGCCUCGUACACUGGAAGCAGCACGCCGCAAAGAUUUUGUGUUAUUUGUUCUACAUGUCCUCCUGAUGUUGUUUAUGUUUGGUGGCAUCUGGUUCGCUGGCACAUUGUUCUUUGGAACAACAGCUUUAAGUCUAGUUAUUCCACUGAUUGCAUACAUGUUAUUCAGCAUUUUGUAAUAUGUUUUUUGUUGUGCAGCUAUAAUGGAUAUGGAAUCUUGAAAAUGUAUCUAGUGUAUUUAGUCUUUUUAUUCUUGUUUGUUUUUCAAGUAUGUUGAAUUCAGGGUAUUUUUUACUGAGUUGCAUAUUUGAGUAUAACUGUAAGAUCAUAAAGUAGAAUUUUACUUUUACUUUGUAUUUUUUAUGAAGGUUUUGAUAUUAUUUUUGUUUAUAUGACUCUAUCACAUUGUAGUUUAGGUAAAGUAACAUGUUAUACUAGAAGAGGUUAAAGAAAACUUUACGUGUACAUUCAAGUUUUGCAUUUAACAUCAUUAUAAAUUCUACAAAAACCAAAACUGUAAAUUUGAUUGCUUUAGAUUUUUUUUUAAUUUUUUUUUUAGUUUGGUUGUGCUUCUGACAUUAGGUAAAAGAAUUUUAAUACAGUGAAUUCUCUUUGUAAAGAACUUUAUAAGUGUGCACUGCCUUAUAGCCAAAAAUACUAGUUUGGACCUUUUUUGGAAAUGUUCAGUGUUUGCUUUUGGUAAAUAUGAUGUCAAGAACAUCUUGUGCAGAAUGUCCACUGUGUAGUGGCUUCUGGUUCUUCAUCUUAUUCUGUACCAUGGGCUGACAGAUCAUAUGCCACUUUAUAAUAGUGGAACUGUUUGGUUACAGUCUGAUUAAUUGUGGUAAACAAAAACAAGAUUGUUGCCAACAUUGUAGCAGUGUGACAUCUUGAAAUGGUAUGAUCUAACAAAGAGAAAAAUGUAUGUUAAUGUUUUAAAUGAAAAUUCUUUGUAAUUAAAGACAUAAAAAACAUAGUAGCAUAAAAUUUUAAAAGUGAGAGAAGUAUAUUACAUAUUUUGUAAUUCAUAACUCAUAGUUAAAAGAAAAUUGGAUGGCAUAAAGAUAUUUGAAAAAAGUUAGCAUCUUUCGGUUCCCAUCUCUCGCUCCAUAACUGCAUGCUGUAGUUUAUGCCUAUGCUGUUGGUACCCCUACAUUUAAGUAAAUAAACACAGUGAAUCCUGAAAACAAGCUUAAUGUUUACGGUUUCUUUGUAAAUAAACAAGAACAGUUACAUCUACAUAUUAAAAAACUUUGAUCAAAAUUCUUGAGACGUAAAUAUGUUUGGCUUACCAAGAUAAUUUGAGUAUUGGUGACAAAAUACUUAGAUUUAUGCAUGAAUUUAAAGGGACCAACAUUUUUAUACGCUAUGGAUUUAUAGAGGGAAUUCACUGUGUGUAGCAGUUAAAGAAAUUAAUUUUUAAACAUUUCCGUUCCAUUAAAAAUAGAUUUUGUUGUGAAUAUUGUAAAAUAUAGAUUUAUUAUUUUCAAAUAAACAUUUUUGGAAGACUUAUUAUACUCCCACCUAAUAUUUUAUUCUUCUACCCAAUAUUGUAGUCUUAUUUCAGAUUGAGGAUAAAUAUGUUCACAUUAACUUGUGUUUUGUCAGUCAUAUGAAACUAUCAAAUUCUUAGAGACAGAAAUGUGCAACUCUGCAAUUGCAAUGAUUUUUGUUCUGUAAAUUAUCUAAAACAAAAGUAACUAGUUUUGGUGGCCACAAAAUAAAAAAAUUGACAAUUUUUAACAAGGUGUCAUUAUAACAAACUACUCUACUAACUGCCUGAAGUAAAUUCCUGUUAAGAAAUUUCUCAAUGUACUUACAAUUUUGACAUAUUAACAGGGAAAAGUUAUUAAAAGGGUAAAAUUGUAUGUAGUUAUAGGUCAAGUGUUAAAUUUUAUAAACUUAUGAGGAGGAUAUGUUCUUACUGUAUUUGUGACUAAAAAAUUAAGCUAAGGUGGGAGAGUAAGAGUCUAGAAGAAAUAUAUAUGCUGUGUUUGUGGUAUACUGGUGUUCAGACUACAUGUAACAACAAAGUUGUAAUAACCUUAUCUGUAUACUUGAACUAAGCAUUUGACUUGUAAUAUAACCCUCAUUAAAUAAUAUUAGUUAUUUU